AGAAAUAAAUGCCCCGUUGGAGCUGAGAGGAAUAGGAGUUGAGUUGGCCCAGGGCUCACAUGGCCUUCACCAUGAUCCGUUCCAUGUCAACGCAUGUGAUUUAUCCGGACAUGUCCAUGUUGUCAGAGGAUGAGGAGAAUCAGGGAGAGAGCGAUGAUUCUGACCAAUCGUUUGGCUGCUACCAGAGCACAUCCAAGAGGAGGAAAGUGCCCGGCAAGAAUGGGCAGCAGGUGGUUGUGGUGAAACAGAGGCAGGCGGCCAAUGCCAGAGAGAGAGAUCGCACCCAAAGCGUAAACACCGCUUUCACCGCCCUACGCACCCUCAUCCCCACCGAGCCAGUGGAUAGGAAACUCUCCAAGAUAGAGACCUUGCGCCUGGCCUCCAGUUACAUCGCGCACUUGGCCAACGUGCUGCUGCUGGGCGAGGGGUGCCAGGAUGGACAGCCGUGCUUCAGUACCGUCUACAGAGCCAAGGACAGCGGCGCAGAGGGCAAACUGCCCCGCAGCAUCUGUACUUUCUGCCUUAGCAACCAAAGAAAGGGGGUCACACGCAGAGAGCAUGCUGGGAACUGUCUGAAAAUUCGGGGGCUUAACACAUUGCGAUGACCCCUGAGUAUCAAGGAGGAUGGAUUGUAGGAUCCCCAUAUCUUUCUUUCCCGUACUGAGAGGACUAAGUGCCAGUGCAGCUGCUUACCAAGGUCUGGUGGGCACGGCUGGG